AUGAUGAUGUUUUUCCUGCCGUUUCUGGAGUGUCCAGUCGAAGAAAAGCGAACGACGGGGUCUAUCCAACGGCCCUUCCAGUGGACGGAUGUUGUGGAUGGCGCCUUGCUCCCUGUCAGUCUCUCCCUGGUUGAAUCGCAUACUGAUCCAGAACUGCCUCUAGAGAAGGAGCCAACCUUUCACUUCUCCGGCGAAAGGUUCAUCUCCAACGAUCUCCUCGUCAAACCGCCCGAUAGUCAGACCAUGAGCCUCUUCCGUCACUAUCGCCAGGACUUGGAUGAGUUGCGGAUCGUGUCUUCCCGGACGGUUACUGUGGCGGAGGAUCCCCUUCUGGCGAAUGCAUGGUUGCUGCCUUUAUGGAAUGUUGACCUGAAGGGAGAUGUGCGAGGGAAACGGUGCUUGCUGGUGCUGCAAUUGAAGGGUCCGACUGCGGCUGAUCAACUGGCCCAUGCGGUGUUUGGUGGGAUGAUUGAGGUGUGGGGGAUCAGAUCAGAAACGGUGGAGGUGAAGGAGAUCAUCUUGGACGCUUCCGCAUCACUAGUUAUAUAUUUAUUUAGCGAUGGCCUUCCGUACCACGUGUAUGGUCAUGACACGGGAUCGUAA